UAGAGUUUAUUUUGAGCGGUCCGCAAAUGGUUACACUUUAAUCAAAAGACUAGAAUUGCGUAUUUAAUUAUUGCGAAUUUUAAGCGUAAUUGCUCGUAAUUUACGACGAGGAUGUCGGGUGUAAAAGACGAAAGUUCCCUCCUUACGGACGAACCGAUUCCAGAACUCGAGGUGCAGAGCGAGGUUCAAAUAUGUACGGAUACUGACAAGCCGGAAUCCAGUGAUGAAAAUCAAGUUCUUCAGGACUUUAAACGAAAUACGGAUAGCGUAGAUACCGUAUUAAAUCCGAACAUGGAUGUGUCAACUAGCGAUGAUACGGCUUCCGUUAAUCUCCCUUCGAAUUCGGAUGUUGAAAUGGUUUCUCACAAAUCUGAUUCUAAAUCCAUGGAACUAGAGUCGGAUAAGAAGUCUUCAGAAUCGGAUAAGGCUUACACAAAACGGGAGCGUCGAAAGAAGACCAAGGAACACACUACUACGCCGCAAGCUCCUCCCCAGAAACUAAACUGGAAAUGGAAUCUGCGAAUCCUCAUAUCGAACCUGUACAUGAAGAGCGAGGACCGUUUGCCUGGAGCCUGUGUGCCAAAGUGUCUGCAUAAUACCAGUCAGUGUACGGAAAAGCAUCGCUGCUCCAUGCUGCCCGAUGCACCCAACUUCACAGAAGUGCAAGCCUUGCGAACGACACUGAAUAACCAGCAUUACGAUACGUUUCUAGACAUCCUGGAGAUGAUGGUGCUGCAAGGGGUAUAUCCGGGCGAAGGCGUCCUCGACCGGCUAAUAGACAUGGCCAUGAUUCUUAUUGCCAAGGAGAUGAGCGUCAAGGAGCUGGGCGACACCUACAACAAGCUUAUACGCACCUUUUUUCUUUUGGUGGAUGCCUUUCCUCCCUGCUGGACCGCUCUGCGUCCCUACUACUUAAAUUUCUUGGGCGUUAAGAACACCGCCUUCCGCGAAAAGCGUUCCAAUAACUCGCCACAGAAGCUACAGUUCUACCUAGAUCUGCUAGAGGAGAAUCUUUCGCAGUGCAGCGAUGAGGAAAUACGGGUAAACACGAAGUUCUGUGAAAAAUUCGAAUUCAAUUUUUCGGAAGAGGAGGAUGCAAAUAUGUCGCAAGAGACUGUUUUUUUGCGGCAUGUCCAGCAGUAUGACUGGCUGAGUGGCAAGUUGUGCCUGGACGAUUUCAAGCGGAUGUCGCCCGCAGUCCGUCUGGCACGGCUUUGUGAUGUGCUAAAUAUGCUGACUUGGGUUCUGGAAAUGGAGUUCCUCUCCUGGCUGGAUCACAAUAGGUUGCGACAAUCGGAAUCGGAGAUGUUUCAAGAGGACACCAAGCCAUUUGCCUCGAUUGUGUUCGAAAUGUCUGCGAGCACGCGCCUCACUGAUAUUGUUAAGCAAAUCAUGAAACUGCACGGAAAGGCAGCAGCAAAAUCCAUGUACCCAGAACGCCUGAGGAUUCUUCAGCGACUAAUUUCCCUCGUCGUGGAAGUCAGCAACACGGCCGAGCUUAAGUACGUGGACAAUGCAGUGAUCUUUCCGAAUCUGGGUCCCCAAACCCGCGUGCUCAUCUCCGACUAUUUUAAGAUUUUUAAGUCACAAAAUCCGAAGCACAUUAGCACAUACAUAAAUACUAUUUCGCAGUUGAAUCAGCCAUAUCUUCGCUUCGAAUUUACUGAUCACUUCCUGCAGCUCUUCUACUUUCCCAAGCAGCUGCCUUUCGGACCGGAGAAGGUGGCCGAAGAAUUUGUAGACCGUCAAUGGCUUAAGUACAAACCACGAAGCGAGAUCGAGGAGGACGACGCAGACGAGCAAUUGACCCGUGAGGAUUACCUAAAAUUACUGCUCAAUGCCUUGAAGGACUAUGAUCAGUGGCUGAAUCUCAGUGGCUUCUGGAAGUACCUGAAGAGCAAGGAACAUGUGGAACCGCUUCAAACGAGGACCAGUAGUCCGUUGGCGACGCCGGUGGGUGUAAUGACAGGCGAGACGGGCAUGGUGUUUAUGUUGGACGAAAUGGAAGAGGAAGUGCACACCUGGAAGAAGCGCAUGAACACCAAGGUAGUUAUAGGCCGACCCAAGGUUAAUCUUCCAGUGGCUAGAAUCAAUGUGGCCAAGAUGUGCCUGCGCUACGGUGAGGAUGUGCGCCAAUUGCGCUUUCUGCGACGUUUGCUCCAAAACGAAAUCCAGGAGGAGAUCGACGUUUCGGACUGGUUAAUCUAUUUAAACGGUUUCCUGGGCGACGAUGAACCUCUGUCGCAAGCGGAGUCAAAAUCUUCCUCCGAUUCGGAUGACUCCUAAGAUAUCCGUAUUCAUAAAUUCUUAAGCUCAAGUAUUUUUAAGUUGUACCCGACCGAAAGUUC